AUGGCAACUGGCGAAGAGGUGUCAGGGGCAGGCACUAUGUCUGUUCCUGCAUCUGUGAUCGGGAGGAGGGGACGAGGAGUCCGAGCCGCUGCCUCGGGAUCGUCUAGGUCCGGUGGCUCGCGGGUGCUGCAGCCGUGUAUUCGCCUGCAGCGCCUCGCGGGCACCCGACCGAGCGCGGCGAGCGUCGAGGUCGCUAUGACCAUUAGCGACGACGACGAAUCGGACGACUCGGAAGCGUCGACGUCCACGGUGUCGGCGGCGUCGGUUUAUUCCGACGCCGUCGGCCCGGGCGCCACGACCGCGGCGACGACGGGGCGGAAGCGAGGUCGGCCCCCCACUACGGGGGAAUAUGUCGGCCUCACCGAAGCCAAAAAGCGGCUCCUGGAGCUCAAGCGCCAGGAGUUAGAGCUCUACGACGAGGCGGCGGUGCUGGACCCCACGGUUCCGCCACCACGCGUGUCCCGAUCGUGCAAGCCGCUCCGAGACAAGGCGGGGGUGGCCGCAGAAAUGCGGCAUGCCCCCACGCCCGAUCUCGGGGCGGUGAUCGCCGAGAAGGUAGCGGUGGUUGAGAAAGUGGCAGGGACCUCCAAACACCUUAAGGGGACCUACGUCCACUCACUUCGGGAGGCAGCGUUGUUCAUCAGGCACACUGCCGCCGAACAGGCGAAGAGGACGGUCGUCUCCGAGAAGGAGGUUGAGCUCGAGCGCGAGCUCAGGCAGCUGCGCGCUCGGCUCGAGGCCACGGAGGCGUUGUCGCGGGCACACGACGACGGGUUGGCAGCAGGCGCGAAUGGGGCUCCAGCCCUAGACGCGGUCGCUAUGCCGCCGCCCUCGCCACCUGGCUCGCGCCGCUCUCGGCGAGCCUCUGCACGCGCCGCCGCCGGCGUUGCGCAGUCCCAGGUGGUGGGCCGCAAGGAGCGCAAGAGGAAGGCCGCCGCCGCUGCUGCGCCAGCGCCGCCGAAGGUGGCGGGCGCGAAAACGCAGCAGGCGGCGCCUUCCUCUAGCAAACGCGAUGGGGGCCGUCGCCCCCCACGCGUGCCGACGCGGGCAGCCGUUGCCCUUACGGUGGCCCCCGGCAGCAAGACCCCGUACGCAGAAGUGAUGCGGCGGGCUGUUGCCGGGGUGCCCCUAGCGGAGGUCGGUAUCACCGACCUUCGCUACCGUAAGGGCCAGACGGGGUCCUCCAUAUUGGAGGUCCCCGGGCCGGAGAGCUCCGCCAAGGCGGAUGCUCUCGCCGUACGCCUCGCCGAGCUUUUCCGCGGCACCGACGUCCGCGUCACAAGGCCGGCGAAGACCGCAGAAAUGUGGUUAGCCGGCCUGGACGAGUCGGUGACCGCGGAGGCCGUGGCGGCCGCGGUAGCCCGCGUCAGCGGCUGUACCGUGGCCGAGGUCCGUCCCGGCGAAAUCCGCCGGAACGCGUCCGGCCUCGGCACGGUAUGGCUAAGGUGCCCCCUCGCUGCCUCGAGGCGGCUGACGACCGCCGGUCGAGUUACGAUCGGCUGGUCGUCUGCCAGGGUCGAGCCCCUCGAGGCGCGCCCCCUGCGGUGCUUGCGGUGCCUGGAGCCAGGGCACGUCCGGGCCAAAUGUUCGCGAGAUGCGGACAGGGCCGGGCGUUGCUUCGGCUGUGGGAGCCGGGAGCACCAGGUCCGGGAGUGCGACGCAGCCCCGAAGUGCCCGGUCUGUACCGACCUAGGUCGGGCAGCCGGGCACCGUUUGGGCAGCAAGAGCUGCGCGCCCGCGCCGUCCCGGCGGGGCAGAAGGGAGCGGGGCACUGCUGCAUCUGAAAUGCCGCUGGCGGCGCCGGAGGUGGAGAUGGAAGAAUCCGGCCUGGGGAAGGCAAUGGUUGCGGAGUAA